CGCCGUUAAGAGGCGUGGCGGAAUAGAGGAGGCGGGAGUAGGCAGUUACGCUCCACCCUUCGCUAAGUGUGCGAGCUGCGCUGUGAGCGGGAUGGAGAUAGAGACGAUGGCGCCUGCGCCCGCGCCCAGGCCCAGGCCCGCCCUUGGAAACGCGUCGGGAGCUUCCGAGCGGGCCUUGGCGACCUGUCGCGGAAAGCCCGAUGCCGGGACCAUGAAACUGACUCGUAAGGUGGUUCUGGCCCGGGCGAAGGCCACCGACCUCAGCGGCGUCCGCAAGUUGAACUGCUGGGGCAGCCGCAUCUCGGACAUUUCAGUCUGCCGUGAGCUUCCCAGCAUUGAGGUGAUCACGUUCAGUGCAAAUAACAUCUCUGACCUGGAGCCAAUGAACCAGUGCCAGAAUUUAACUGAGCUUUAUCUCAGGAGGAACAGUAUUGCAAGUCUCCGUGAGCUGUUUCACCUGAAAAAGCUGCCCCGCCUGAGAAUCCUCUGGCUCUCUGAAAACCCCUGCUGUGGUUCUGAUCCUCAUCACUAUCGAAUGACGGUGCUGCGUAACCUCCCCAGUCUCCAAAAACUUGACAAUCAGAUGGUGACAGAGGAUGAACUGUCCCAUGCCCUGCUGGAAGGGGAGGAGAUAACGGCACCCCCAGCCAAAUUGGAUGUGGAAAACAGCUGCCAAAACUUCACCACUGAGUCCAGUGUGAUGGAAUCUACGGUGGAGAAUGAAAAUGAAGUCAUGAACUUCAGCUUGGAGGAGACAAAUAAAAUCCGUGAGCAGCUUGGUAUGAAGCCUGUUGUUCCAAGAGAGAAGUUUGUCUCCUUCUCCCCUAGUAAGGAGGUGGAUGGGAACCGAAAGAAACUGAACAACAUCCUCAAUGCCAUCCUAAUGCUUCUAGAAGAACUUGAUUCAGAUGGACUAGGAGUUGUCCAUCAAACAACUGGGAACAAACUCCAGGCCUUGCAGAAGAAGGAACUCCAUGAGGACCGAUAGCCCAUCCAAGGCAGCUGUUUUGUGGACCAGUGGAAGUAGCAUCACCCGCCCUGGCUGCUCCUGCCCUGUCCUGUUGGGCAGUGUGUGGGGAUGACCUACUGAGCACAGGAAGAAACUGCAUACAUUCCCUGUUCUUCAUGCACUAGGAUCCUGCUCUCAGACAAGCUUUCAUCUGCCAUCACAACUUGUGUGCCUGCAUCUAUGCAACUGCUACCCAAUAAUCCACAAAGGCCCAUAACAAGCAUACACACAAUUUUGGCAAGUAGUUGUCACAUGGAAAAAGGGGUAGGCAUUUGUGGUCCUGCCUCCUACUGAGUGCCUCCCAGGUAGAAGAAUCACUCCUAGUCUUGCUUCCGAUGUGAAUCUGUCAUCUGAAGCUGCUGAUCUGUUAGCGUGAUGUUCUUUCCUUCCAUCAUAGUACUGGAGCGAGAAUCCCCUUGAUGCUUCUAUCCUUUUACAGUUAGGAGCUUUUGACAAUUAACUUGGUCUCGAGGCCAAAUUCUCUCAAAAAAUGGAGACACACACAAAAAAUCAUUGAACUUUAAAUUUAGUGCCAAGCUUCUAGCCUUUCUCCCCAUCUUUUCUUCUCUCAUAAAUAGUAAUUUAACAAGAAUGUCAUCUGUAGUCAGAAUUCUGGAUUUGUAUAUUUGAAUAUCUUGUGUCUUAUUUGAUAAGAACUCAGUCUUGGGUAUUUGCCUCAGAUUUCUCCUGUCAAUUGCCUGUUAAGUUUUCACAGUAAUGUUAAGAAAAAAGAAAAAGCGUAAGGUCACCUAGGUGCUGUGAGGAGUGGGAAGUGAGAUGAUGGUGUAUAGUUCAGGAAAUGCAUUAAAUUCAAUCCAACAAUA